AUGCGACGUCAAGGACCAGCUGCAAGAGUGCCUGUUGAUCCUGAGAUAGAGAAGACUUGCCGGCAGAACAGAAGAAACAAAAGGUUGGAAAGAGUUGUACACAGGAUUGAGCAAGAGGAAGUUAUGGCCAACUACGGUAAUAAUGGGGGUGCCAUAGAAGAUCCGGCUAAUGGUCAGAAUCCACCCGACCGUAGCCUGAGGGACUAUGUGUUGCCAACAAUGACAGGGGUCCAGUCUUGUAUAAGACCACCCACCGUAGAUGCAAAUAAUUUUGAAAUAAAGCCAGCCAUACUUCAGAUGGUUCAAUCCACAGUCCAGUUUGGGGGACUACCCACUGAAGACCCAAACAUGCAUCUCUCUAACUUCAUGGAGCUCUGUCAGACAUUUAAGAUGAAUGGAGUUAGUGAUGAUGCUAUCAGACUUAGAUUGUUCCCAUUUUCUCUGAGGGAGCGAGCUAAGAGCUGGUUGGUAUCUUUGCCACCUAACUCAAUCAAUACAUGGAAUGAUCUAGCACUGAAGUUCCUCUCCAAGUUUUUCCCUCCAGCUAAAGCAGCUAAGUUGAGAGGAGAGAUCAAUAAUUUUUCUCAGUUGGAUAAUGAGUCUCUUUAUGAAGCUUGGGAGAGAUUCAAAGAAUUGAUAAGAAAGUGCCCGCAUCACGGAAUAGAGAAAUGGAUGCUUGUCCAUAAUUUUUAUAAUGGGUUGUGUGGUACUACUCGCACACUCAUUGAUGCGGCAGCUGGUGGUGCGUUUAUGAGAAAAAGUGCCAAUGAGGCAUAUGACUUGUUGGAAGAAAUGGCCAUGAAUAAUCAGCAGUGGCCAAGUGGAAGAAGCUCUUCAAGGAAAGUGGCUGGUAUGUAUGAAGUGGAUGCAAUUUUGAAAUUGACCGCCCAAGUUGAGGCCUUGACUAAGCAAUUGCAAGGCAAUGUAAUAACAGCUCCAGUGCAACAGGCCCAGAAUCUGUGCAACAAUAACCCUUACUCCAAUUCUUUUAAUCAAGGGUGGAGGAAUCAUCCCAACUUUUCUUGGAAGAAUGAUCAGCAAGGCCAAUCUUCAAACCAACAACAGUCAUUCCAACAACAGCCACAGGGGUUCUUUCAACCGAGAUUUAGGCAGCAACAACAACCCCAACCGCCCACUCAUCAUCAGCAACAACAAAAUUCUAGUGGAAAUUCUAAUGCUCAAUCAGAUGUGUUAAACCAAUUCAUGGCUGAAACUCGGUCUUCUAUUAGAAAUUUGGAGACCCAAAUGGGACAAUUGGCUACUCUCAUGGCUAAUCGUGCCCAAGGUAACUUGCCUAGCACCACUGAAGUCAAUCCGAAAGAGAAUUGCAAGGCAAUCACGUUAAGAAGUGGGAAGAAUUAUGAGGGACCAAGUGAGAAGCAGCCAGUCGAAGAAGUGGGUCAGGAUCAACAGGCACAGGCACCGACACAAGAGGAAAAGAAGCACAGUGAGAAGAAGGCUACUGAAAGCAUACCAACAAAAGAAGCUUCGCCACCAAUUAGUAUUGAGCAUCACAUAAAGAUUCCCUACCCCCAAAGGCUCCGUAAGAACAACAUGGACAAGCAGUUUACUAAAUUCCUGGAAGUAUUCAAGAAACUGCAAAUCAACAUUCCAUUUGCGGAGGCCUUAGAGCAAAUGCCGAGCUAUGUCAAGUUCAUGAAGGACAUCUUGUCCAAGAAGAGGAAGAUGGAGGAUUUUGAAACUGUGACAUUGACAGAAGAGUGUAGUUCUAUACUGCAAAAGAAGCUCCCUCCUAAACUGAGAGAUCCUGGGAGUUUCACAAUACCGUGCACUAUUGGGAGAAUUGAGGGAAUAAAUGCUCUUUGUGAUUUGGGGGAUAUCAUCAACUUGAUGCCAUUGUCAGUUUUCAAGAGAUUGCAACUUGGAGAAGCCAAGCCCACAACUGUAACUUUGCAACUAGCUGAUCGUUCGUUGGCACAUCCAAGAGGGGUAAUUGAAGGUGUCCUAGUCAAAGUAGACAAGUUUAUUUUUCCUGUGAUUUCAUAG